UCUCUAUGUCAAGAGUGCCAGAGAUCUAAUUGACCAAACCUUAGCCCAGCAUACUGGCAGUGUGCUUGAUAGACUGUUAAAAUAUGACAUUGAUUUCAUGGAUUACAUAGAUGUAGACACAGAUGUGGCUAUUAAGGACUUAGAUCGAUUCCAGGUCCUCCUGAGGGGCUGCCAUGAAGAGUGCCUGUCUGCCCACAAGGAGACCAAUCAAGUUCAGCCUACCAGCCAGGAAGACCCAGCCAGCACUGACAGGCUUCUGGCAGUAAUAGAAAAAAAGGCCCCACAAAUUCUUCAGGAUUACAAAGGGACAGGCAUUCUUUCCGUGGCCUCACGAAAACUACUGGUGAAGACCUGUGUUGGAGAUCUGGUCGAGAGGUGUGGUUUUUACCCCUCAAAUGCUGACAAAGUGAUGUUGGCCAAAACCAUUAUAACAGUCUUCCCAUCACUUAAAAUCAAGAUGCAAGAAGAGAAUGAAGGAUUUGAGCACUUUUAUGAUCCUGUGUCCCACUGUGGAUUUGUUGAGAUGAGGCUGAGGAACCUACGAAGAGCCCUUGAUGAUAACCAGCGACAAUAUCGCAAGCGCGGGAGGUCCUCUGGCAUUGCUAUAACUCUGGAAGUUAUUGCAGAAGGAGAAGAUGAGUCCACAAAGGAGUGGAUAACGGCCACCAAAAGGUUGUGACCAUCUACAGAGAACCUUGCAUCAAUCAAAUUGGGAAUGGAAAAAACCUUCACCCACCGAAGGUUCUGGAUCUCUACCAAGAGACCAACAGCAGAGGAGAUUUUUCAGCAGUACCCUCGCUUCAUAGACCUGCCAUAUUUGUUUGAUGUAGAAUUUGGGAGAAUGUUUCCGGGGAAAGAGGACCUCUUUCUCCGUAAAUGGGAAGGUCAUUUUGUCCCAAAACUCCUGAAAGUAGCCACUCUCGAAAAUGACCCAAAUCUCCUUUCAGCUGGUGAGGAGAGUGAUGAGUCACUUUGCUUCAAAGCCCUUCAGUUGCUGACCCAUUACCUACCUCCAACUGCAUCAGGGAGGGCCAAAGGAUGGACGAAAUGCAGUGUCAAAUCAGCCCUUUCUCACAUCUUGGACAUGAAACCGACUGGAACAAGCAUCUCGAGCCUUCUAGAGGGAUCCCUUGGAGCAGCGGUGGGAGACCAUCAGCCCAAGCUCGUGUGUUUAGGAGACCCCAGAUCAACAGCUCAAUACAUUAUCGUGGCAAAGAAUGACAAAGUCGCCAUCCCACUUCAAGAUCAGGGUUUGACAUGUGCCAUAGACAAGUUGUUCAAAAUGUUAUGGGUUUGCAACAUGGCAUAUCCUGUCCAACUUGAAUCAGUCUAUCGUUUCUUUGAGCAUGUUUAUGACAUGCCUAUCUCAGGUGGGAAGAGAUCAAAAGUUGUGGAGCUCAUUGCCAAGCUUCAGGCAGUGGCAUAAGUUGUUUUAGCAUGUACAUUUGU